GCGGUCGAACUGGAAAUCGAAGAACUUAGAUCCUCACAAGGGCGAUCACCUCUAGGAGCCCCAGGUGCUCCGGAGGACUCCUUCGAUGAGAGACUUAGGAUGCUGCUAUCAAUGUGCUACGAUGAUGGCAUAAUGUCGGAGGACACACCCUUCAAUGACAUAUUCAUAGAAGAAAAUGAGGUUGUCGUCACUUUUAACAGGGAUAUUGAUGAAGUUAAGAUACGUUGGCUAAUGGAACGAACGGCGGUUAUCUUGUUCAGGGAAGAGGCACAUGACCUCCCGAGAAAAGUGAAAGAAGACUUGGUCCGUGCUUUCGAAAAUAGGUGGAGGAGGGAUGACAUAUUCGACUCCUCUGUAGAAAGAGGCCGUGUAAAGUUUGAAGGGCCAAACAUGGUCUCUUACGUUGCAAAAGACAAGGUAGUGGCGGAAUGGAUGGUUAACGAAGGAGAGGGGGAAGUGCUGGAAGUGUCGUCACGUCUGCUGAGGAGGAACCUGUGUCUGACACGUCAUCCAUCAGAUUUGGCAUGCAAGGAUAGUGCUAUCGCAAUGCAGUACAGCCGGCAAGACGAGGCCAAUGGUCAUGGGUAUGGCUACGGAGGUGGUGCGCGAAGGCCCAGCACUGCGGGGGCGUACAACCAAGGGGAGCAUGGAGGAGGGCGAAGAGACGGGGGCGGGCAAGGGGGUGGGGGGUACUCGGAAAGGGGUUAUGGAGGCGGAGGUGGGGAACGCGGCUACUCCCGUCGCGGUGGGCAGGAGGACGAUGACUCCCCUUCGAAGCAUCUUUGGGUGGGUAACGUGACAGCGGAUGUCACUGAGGCUAUGCUCAAAGAGCAUUUCGGUAAGCAUGGCGUCAUCGAGAGCGCGUCGGUGUACGGCCAUCGUAAUUACGCUUUCGUCAACUUCAAGACGCCCGAAGAAGCAGCUGUUGCCAAAGCCAACUUAAAUGGCGCGAUCAUCGGAGGCUGUCCUAUUAGGAUCGAGUUUUCCAAAGGGAGCAAGCAGAGUCGCCAUCUUUGGGUAGGCGGCGUAUCAAGUUCGGUGACCCGCGAGCAGCUUCAUGCCGAGUUUGAGAGGUUUGGGCAGCUGGAAGAUGUGAAGUUCCUACGAGACCGGAAUUGUGCGUUUAUCGACUUCAUUAAUCAAGAAGAUGCGGUGUCUGCUGUCGAGGCGUUAAACGGGAAGAAGUUUGGAGACGAUCAUCUACGAGUAGAUUAUGGGAGAACUCUACCGUCUCGUCAUCAGAGGGAAGGUCGCGGGGCUCGAUAUGGCAGUUAUGAUGACCGCUUCCCUCCACAGAGGGAUCACGGGUUCUCCUAUCAGGGGGGCCGCGGUGGCAGCGAAGAUGUGCCUAGUUCGUGCUUGUGGGUUGGCUUCCCCGAGACUCUGAAAGUCACCGAGGAUGGCCUUCGGGAGUCAUUCAGUCCAUUUGGUGAUAUUGAAAGGGUGAAGACUUUCUCUGGUAGGACUUACGCCUUUGUGCAGUUCACAAACAUAGAGUGUGCGAGAGUGGCGAAGGAUGCUCUGAAUGGGAAGCUUUUCAAUGAUCCGCGGGUGGACAUUCGCUUCUCCAAGAGUGAGAUUCAACCUGUAACAGAGAAUGGACGGGGGUACGAUCGGUUUGGCGAUGGGGGUCGAGGAAUGGGCCCAGGUAGUGGUAGGCACAUGGGCACAGAUAUGAGAAGGGGAGAGUCUCCAAUGCUUGCUCCUGGAGGAGGCAUGAGUGGAGGGCCUAUGGCCUUAGGAAGUCGUGGACCCAUGGGUGAUCGUUUUGCAGCUGGUGGCAUUGGUCGUGGAGUUGGGAUGGGAUCGGGAAUGAGGCCAGGUAGCCCUGGGAUGCGUGGAUCUGCACAGGGUAUGGGACCUGGUCCGGGGAUGGGUGUCUCUCGAAGUGUGGGGGUGGAGCGGGGCAUGGGUCCAGGCAGAGGCAUGGGGCCUGGGAUGGGAAUGGGACCGGGUCGUGGAAUGGGUCCGGGUGGCAUGGAGGAUAUGGAUUUUGGGCCCGGUCCAGGUAGGGACGGAAGGAUGAGACCCGGUCAUCCGGAUGAGGGUUUUGCACAAAUGGAUGAUCUCUCACCACGGGAGCCGAAGAGGAUACGGUUGGCAGGGGGGUAUGGUGCCAUGGCUCGUCCAGACAUGAAUAUAGCAGAGAGGCCGUACGAUGGAUUUGAUGGCCAACCACGUGUAUUUGGCCCUGGACCAGGGUCGGAGGGCGACGGAGCUUAUGACCAUGGAGUGGGAAUGGGGCCUGGUCCUAUGGUUGGACGAGGGGGUGGAAUGCCCCCCCCUAAUGUGGGACCAAGGCCCCUUGGCACUGGUGAUGAUGGAGGAGCACGAGCUGCUGCGGGUAUGACUAUGGGUGGUGUUCCCGGAAUGCAAAUGGGACCCAGUGGCCCGGUUGGGCCUCGACCCCCAGGUCCCAUGGCUGGAGUACCAGGUGGUCCACCAGCAGGCCAUGUACAAGCUGUCCCAUCAGGUCCUCCUGGGUUCAGCCAGAUGGAUGGUCCACGCCCGUCCUCAGCAGGGAUGCAGGUCGGUCCUAGGCCCGGUGCAGUGCCUCCCAUGGGUGGUAAUGUUUCUGGGGGACCUCAAGCGGGUAAUAUGGAUAUGGGAGUUCGACCAGUGUUUGUUCCCGCAUCAAAUGUAAGGCCAGAGAGAGGUGCUUGGGGAAGUGUUUUUAGUGACAACAUCAGAUGGAGUGGUACGAUUGCCAAGUCGGGGACUCCCGUUUGUCGUGCACGCUGUUUCGCCAUCGGCAAGGGAAUUGAUUCUGUCAUACCUGAUAUUGUCAAUUGCACGGCGAGAACGGAUUUGGACACUCUUGCGAAACACGUUACCACUGCUGUAGAUUUUGGUGUGGUGUACUUCCUGCCAGAGAGCGAGCCAGACAUGCCGCCAUAUCAGGACUUCAUGCAUUAUCUCGGAGAGAAACGUAGAGCUGGGGUGGCGAAGUUUGCAGAUAACACAACCAUGUUCCUUGUGCCACCAUCUGAUUUCUCAGCACAGGUGCUAAAAGUCAGUCAGUCAGACUGCCUGUUUGGGGUGGUCCUGAAGUUCUCUCCUCAACCAAUUAUGCAGCAGCAGCAGCAACAACAGCAACAACAACAACAACCACAGCAAACAGCACAAAUGCAGGCAAUGCAGCCACCAUCGCAGCAACAGCAGGUAGCACAGCCGAUGGCAGUGCAGCAGGCACAGCAGCAGCAGCAGCACAUGCAGUCAUUGCAAAUGAGGGCUGGGGUUGGGGGGGCAGGUGCAAUUCAGCAACAGAUGUCAGCAAUGCAGCAGCAGCAGCAGCAGCAGCAGCAGCAGCAGCAGCAGCAGCAGCAGCAAUACGGUCCUCAACAGCAGCAGCAGGUGGCACCUGGUCAGCAUGUGCUCCAAGCGGCAGGGGCAGCAAUGCCAGAGUCCUUUGGAGGGCUUGCGUCUGCAUUCCGGACGUUCCCAGCCAGUCAAAUGCCGCAGCAGCAAAUGCAGCAGCCACAGCAACAACAGCAGCCUCAGCAGCAGCUCCAUCAGCUGCAACAGCCCAUGGCUCAGCAGCAUCAGCAGGCGCAGCAGAGUCAAAUGGCCUUGCAGCAGCAGCAACAGCAGGCCCAACAACAGCAGCAACCACUCACAGGACCUGUAAUGCAAGGUGCGGUUGGACAACCUCAAUUGGCGCCUUUUAUUCCGGGUCUCUCACAAGAGAUCCUUGCAUCCUUGACCGCACUCCUUCCACAGGCACAUCCGCAAUCGCAGGGGCAAUAUGUCCCGUCUAACCAAGCCUUAGUGGCUGGUGGGAUGGCUGCUGCUGCUACUGGCCAUGUACCUGUCUCAGUCCAAGGUGGCACGAUAUCUUCCACAGCUAUUGCCAAUGUAUCAGGGGCUGCUUCUCCAACAAUGCAAUCCAUAGCAGCGUCGGCAGCAACACCCCCUGGCUUCCACCCAGUUGGUCCUCUUGGUCCUAUACCUUUACGCAUGACAGGAAAUAUGCUAGGCCUUGGGCUUGCAGGCUUUCCGCCUAUGCCAACAGUGCCUACUGCGGUGUCAGGAGGUGUUGACCCUAGAAUGCUCUCAGCACCUCCCGGUUAUGGACCAUCAUCUGCAGUGCCUGGGAGCUUCGGACCAAUGGGAGUACAGCAUCCUUCAGGGUGGAAUGUUCAGCAGGAUGGUGUGGGAGGGCAGCAGCAGCAACAACCUGGAAUGAUGCAGGCAGUGCAACAGCAACAACAGCAGCAGAUUCAACAGGCCCAACAGACACAACAGUCUCCCUUGCCGCAUCAAACUCAGCAUGCUGCUCAAAGCGUACAUCCAUCUCAGAUGCCUCAGGGCCAGGCUGGUCAAAAUGCUGCUGCAGGUGCCCAACCUCAGCCACAGUCAGCAUCUGUUCAGCAGCAAGUUGAGCUCCAGGCUGGGCACCCGGCUGCGCAGCAGCAGCAUCCUCAAGCAGUUCAGGGUAGGGGCCAGGUGCCGGUGACAGCAGGUGCAGCGACAGCGAUGGCUGCUCAACUCUCACAGCAGGCGCAGACUCAGCCCCAGCAGCCACAGUCGCAGACUCAGCAGUCGGCUUCUCCUCAGGUGCACCAGAGCCAGCACCAACAGCAUCACAUGUCUCAACAGCAAGUGGUGGUGGGCCAGCAUGGACAACAGGCAGUUGUGCAGCAGCAACCAACCAAUCCACAUUCACAGCAACAGUCACUUCAGGCUAGCACUCAGCAGCAGCAGCAGCAGCAGCAGCUGCAGCAACAGCAGCUGCAGCAGCAGCAGCAGCAGCAGCAGCAGCAGCAGCAGCAGCAGCAGCAGCACCAGCAGCAGCAGCAGCACCAUCAUCAUCAGCAGCAACAGCAACAGCAACAGCAACAGCAACAACAGCAACAGCAACAACAGCAACAGCAACAACAGCAACAGCAGCAACAGCAACAGCAACAACAGCUCCAGGCCUCUGCACAGCAGCAGCAAGGUCAUCAGCAGGCAUCUCAGCAACAAGCCGCAGGCCAGGCACAGCAGCCUUCGUCUCAGCAACAGCAGCAGCAGCUCCAAACGGUAGCCCAAUCGCAAGCUCAACCACAGCCACAGCCCCAGCAGCAACAGCAAGUCCAGGGAUCACCAGGUGUAGGCCAGGUGGCUCAGCAGCCGUCAACGAGUGUUCAGCAGCAGGGAGCAAUUGGACAGGCGCAGUCUUCACAGGUGCAGGCACAGCAGCAGCAGCAGCAGCCAACACUGUUUCCUCAGCAAUCUGCUGCAUCAAGGGGCCAAGGGGGCCAGAUGGUUUCUGCCACUGCAUAUUCAGGGCAGGGCUAUGGUGGUGCUCCGGGAUUCCCCACCGCACAGGCAUCUCAGCAGCAGGCCGUCCAGUCCUCACAAAUGUCCAGUCAGGCCCAGCGAGUGGUGGCACAGCCGCAGGUGUCUAUGCCUGCAGCACAAACAGUCACAACACCGCCGUUGCCAGCAGCCCAACUUGCACAGCUGACAGCUCUUUUGACCCAACAGAGGCAGUCGACGGCGCCUGUUCAGCAACUCCUGCAGCAACUUCAGAGUGUCCCACAGCAGCAGGUGACUUCGCAAAAUGCAGCACAGCAGUCACAAGGACAAUCUAUUCCUGGAACAUCAGGGCCCCAACCGACAUCAAGUGCGCAAUCAGCUUAUGCGCAGAACUGGGCUUUGUCCAUGCAGCACCAGCAGGGCCAGCAGCAGGGACAGCAGGCAGGGCAACCAGUAGCACAAGCACAGGUGGCUGCAGUCCAGUCUGCGCUCGCAUCUGAUCCUAGUGCUCAAGGUGGAGCAGACCAGCAGCGGCGUUUGCAGGCGACCUUACAGCUUGCCCAUGCCCUUCUGCAGCAAAUGCAGCAACAACAGCAACAAACGCAGCAGCAGCAGCAGCAAACAAAGGUGCAAGGGCCCUCGGAACGGUGAACAGUGCUUGUGUCUCUCAUCUUGCAUGUAAAGCCGCGGAGGACCACGCAAUUCCUUGUUAUCGGUUGUUGUCCUCCGUAGGCGGAGGACAGCGAAACAAACAAACAUCAUGUAAAAUUUUGUAGGCAUGCAAGCAAUUCUUCACCCCCCAAUAUGGGCAGUGUACUCGAGAAAGAGCUACGGGGUUUUUCAGUUUUGCAACUGCGCAGCACCACCUUCAUCUCUGCCUUGGUCUUCGCCAUGUACUUCGUGGCAUAAACUCUCCCCAUGUUCACUUUAACUCCUCUUCACCAAGAUCGCCGAUCGGGUGCGCACCGCACUUUCUUGUGGCAAGACCUUGAGGUAAGAAAGUCACUUGGUUUUAUACAAAGCCAUGAAGCUCUUGGGGGUGCAACUCGGCUUUGGUGUCUGUUUCACAGUGUGUCCCAGCAAACACCAGCGCACACGGAAGCCGGUCUUUUCUUAGGCAGAACACCGGUGAGCGCACACUGGCGUUCUCCCUGUCCUUGUUUAGAAGAGUGGUCUUCAACACAGAAUGCGGGCUCAACAACGCCAGUUUUGGUUUCCCACCCAUCCGGUGCGUGAGGCGGUGUUGAGUGUAAGCGUGCGCUACCUGAAGCGGUACUUAGAUAGUUGAGCAGGUUGUUCCUUGCAGUGGAGAGCCAAUCAUGUGCAUGAGGCAGUGUCGAGUGUUAGUGUCCGCUGCGAGAAGGUGGCAUAGGUAAUGGAGAAGCCGGGAGCUUGCACGCAAGAGCCGACAUUGGGUGCUGUUGAAGAGUCGUAUCGAAGAUGGGGCUGGGAAGAGUGGAGCUGAAGAGUCGAUACGGAAAGCGAUGUGUCAUCGUCGGUGUGAGCAGUGCUUGUUUUCUGGAAGGAGAGGAAGAGGCAUGGAGGAAGGUGAUCUGUGAUGUGGGGUGGAGCAGCAUGAAGGCAGAGCGUGGAAGAAGGGUUGCCCCGAGGAUGGGAGUAAGGGGAGUGGGCGCAUGCCUGUUUUCACAAGGAGAGCUGACGAGAAUGUAUUCGUAUCGCAUCAAAAAAUGAAGGAAUCGGUGAUCGGAAGAUGUAGUGUUGAUCUGCGUAACGCUUGUGAUCGGGAGGUGGGAGGUGGGAGGUAGGUGGUCUCUCUCCCUCACUCUCUCUCUCUCUCUCUCUCUCCCUCAUCUCUAAGGCAAGUGUCAGGAGAAGGUGGGUGGUCUUGGCACCUCCUUCUUGGCAAAGGAGAGUUGGACGUGAGGAGAAGUGAGAGAAAUAUGUGAUGGUGGUGUUGCAGCAGUUAAAGAGCAUGGCUGGGCGGGAGGUACGGAGUGUGAACCAAGCAAUUAGGAGACAUUGUACCUUGUUAGGAAGGAAGGUCGACACUUACAAACAUGCGUAACUGUGGUUUCAUCAGAAAUGGUCCGUCCCGCCGAGCGGUGGGUUGUAAUGAGUAUGACCAUCCCAUAACUUUUGAGA